AUGGCGGUGAAGGGACUGUGCGGAUCUGUGGAUGAGUUCCUGACGCAGUGUGAGCAUUCCGGCGACGCCGCCUACGCUGCACUCCGAUCACUGUUGGAGCGACUCGAAGAUCCGAAUACCCGAAAGGAGGCUCGGAUCUUCCUCACUCUUCUCCAGAAACGUUUUGACUCCAAGGAGGCCUCCGACCAAUGCCUCAAAUCCUACCAUUUCCAAAUUCAAGACGUGUUUCUCGAGCAGCAUGAAGGUUUCCAGAAGAGGAAGAAAUUGACAAUGUUGGUGAUACCUAGUAUUUUUUUUCCGGAGGACUGGUCCUUUACCUUUUAUGAAGGACUGAACAGGCACCCUGACUCAAUCUUCGAGGAUAAAACAGUUGCAGAGCUCGGGUGUGGAAAUGGAUGGAUAUCCAUCGCGAUUGCAGAGAAAUGGUCACCUCUGAAGGUCUAUGGGCUUGAUAUAAAUCCAAGAGCAAUAAAAAUAUCCUGGAUAAAUCUCUACUUUAAUGCUUUGGAUGACAAUGGUGAACCAAUCUAUGAUGCGGCAAAGAAGACAUUACUGGAUAGGGUAGAAUUUCAUGAAUCUGAUCUUCUCAGUUACUGCAGAGAUAAUCACAUAGAACUUGAACGAAUUGUCGGAUGCAUACCACAGAUUCUCAACCCAAAUCCUGAUGCAAUGUCAAAGAUGAUCACAGAAAAUGCUAGUGAAGAAUUUCUGCACUCUCUAAGCAACUACUGUGCACUGCAGGGCUUUGUUGAAGACCAGUUUGGCUUGGGACUCAUUGCAAGAGCUGUUGAAGAAGGAAUUUCUGUCAUAAAACCAAUGGGUAUUAUGAUAUUUAAUAUGGGAGGCCGUCCUGGGCAAGGUGUUUGCAAACGCUUAUUUGAGCGCCGUGGUCUCCAUGUUACAAAGCUUUGGCAGACUAAAGUUCUUCAGGCUGCUGACACAGACAUUUCAGCUUUAGUGGAGAUUGAAAAGAAUAGCCCGCACCGUUUUGAGUUUUUCAUGGGACUCGUUGGAGAUCAGCCAAUAUGUGCCCGAACAGCAUGGGCCUAUGGCAAAUCUAGUGGUCGUAUUUCUCAUGCUUUGUCUGUGUAUAGCUGUCAACUCCGUCAGCCAAAACAGGUCAAAAAGAUAUUCGAGUUUGUCAAGAAUGGGUUCCAUGAUAUUAGCAAUUCUUUAGAUUUGUCAUUUGAAGAUGAUGCUGUUGCAGAUGAGAAGAUACCAUUCCUAGCUUAUCUUGCCAGCGUUCUGAAGGAGAAUGCAUUUUUCCCAUAUGAGCUACCUGCGGGAAGCAAGCGAUUCCGUAAUCUCAUUGCAGGCUUUAUGAAGACAUACCAUCACAUCCCAUUAACUGCUGAUAAUGUUGUUGUGUUUCCUUCAAGGGCUGUGGCAAUUGAGAAUGUUCUUCGAUUGUUCUUGCCACGUCUUGCUAUUGUUGAUGAACAGUUGUCGCGACACCUACCCAGGCAAUGGUUAACAUCGCUGAACCUCGAGAAGAAUGAAACUGCUGGUUCUUCAGACAAUAUAAUAACUGUCAUUGAAGCUCCACGCCAAUCAGAUUCGAUGGUUGGACUGAUAAAGAAAUUGAAGCCACAACUGGUAGUUACCGGGGUAACCCAUUUUGAAUCAGUUACUAGCUCUGCUUUUGAGCUCCUUUUGGAUACUACAAGAGAAAUUGGGUGUCGUCUAUUUUUAGAUAUAUCUGACCAGUUUGAGCUAUCUAGCCUGCCCAAUUCUAAUGGUGUCCUGAAAUAUCUGGCUGGAACUCCUCUUCCCCCGCAUGCAGCAAUUGUUUGUGGCUUAUUAAAAAACAAGGUUUAUUCGGAUCUUGAAGUAGCUUUUGUGAUAUCAGAAGAAGAAAAAAUGUAUAAAGCUUUGUCAAAGGUUGUGGAACUAUUACAAGGGAGUACUUCCUUAAUUAGCCAAUACUAUUAUGGCUGUCUUUUCCAUGAACUUCUAGCCUUUCAGCUUGCUGAUCGACAUCCACCCAUAGAGAGGCAAGGUGAAAAGGCAAAAGCAUGCGACAUGAUUGGCUUUCCUAGUUCUGUUGUCUCGGUCCUUGAUAAUGCUGAGUUUGCUGUUACUGAAGCUGACAGUUCUAACCUGAUUCACAUGGAUGUUGAUCAGAGCUUUUUGCCCAUAGCAACUCCUGUGAAGGCUGCUAUCUUUGAGAGUUUUGUGAGACAAAAUGUUACUGAGUCAGAAAUUGAUAUGAGAAGCAACAUUACGCACUUUCUUAAGACCAGUUACGGUUUUCCAACAGAUGGCACUACAGAAUUUGUAUAUGCAGAUAACACUCUGGCCCUUUUCAAUAAGCUGGUACUUUGUUGUAUCCAGGAAGGUGGUACUCUAUGCUUUCCAACUGGCUCGACUGGGAAUUAUGUAUCUGCUGCAAAAUUUUUGAAAGCAAAUGUUGUAAAUGUACCUACCAAUUCUGAACAAGGAUUUAAGUUGACAGAGAAGGUACUUGGUGCUGUAUUGGAGAAGGUCGACAAACCCUGGAUCUAUAUUUCAGGACCCACUGUAAACCCAACUGGCCAACUGUACAGCAAUGACGAGAUAAAAGCUAUAUUAUCCUUGUGUGCAAAAUUUGGAGCAAAGGUUGUAAUUGAUACUUCAUCCUCUGGUGUGGAAUUCAACUCCAAAGGCUGGGGUGGCUGGGAUCUGGAAGACACAUUGACAAAAUUGAAGACUACAAAUUCAUCAUUUUGUGUUUCCCUGCUUGGGGGAUUGUUUUUGAAGAUGCUUACUGGAGGAUUUGCAUUUGGAUUUCUGCUUCUAAACCAGCCAGCUUUAGUUGAUUUUCAUUGCUUUUCUGGUUUAAACAAACCUCACAGCACAAUCCAAUACACAGUGAAGAAAUUGAUGGAUCUUAGAGAACAAAAAACGGGAGGGCUUCUCGAUGUGGUAGCAGGGCGGGAAAAGAUUCUGUCUGGUAAAUAUGAGCACUUGAAGGAGACCCUUGAAAAAUGUGGUUGGGAUGUACUUGGAGCCUGCUCUGGUGUUUCAGUGGUGGCAAAGCCGACUGCAUAUCUCGGCAAGACUAUCAAAAUCAAUAAAGAUUCAACAUCCUGGGAAGCAAAGAUUGAUGACUCAAAUAUCAGGGAAGCCAUGCUUAGGAGCACUGGCUUAUGCAUCAACAGUUCUUCAUGGACUGGAAUUCCAGGUUAUUGUCGCUUUGUGUUUGCCUUGGAAGAUAGCGAGUUUGAACGAGCCUUGGCCUGCAUUGUUAAAUUCAAAGAAUUGGUUGGUAAUUGAAAGAAAUGUUGAUAGAGGUCAGUUUGAAUUUUUAAUUUUUCACAACUUAGGUGUUGUGGAAUCAACUCAUUUAUGUGAACGCCAAUAUAAUUCCUCGUGUAUUGAAUCACUUUGGGGUUUUCUGAUAAUGCACACUACUUUUUUGUAUUAUGUA